GAUGGCUCUACUCAUUUGCCAUUAUUAUCUUAGUGAGGUACCUAGAAGACACAAAUACGCCAUUCUGAGCUCUUUCUAGCCACCAGAUUCCACAAUCAGACCAACUCACCAUAGUCGUUGGUCGCAGUAGCAGACAGUUUCAUACAAUGAGAUCAUCCCUAUAAUGAAUAGAAUGCGCAUUGUGAGACAGAAUUCACAAUGCUAGCCACUUAUCCAUAAAUGCCUCCUAGCUGACUCCAGAAAAACUCAUCUCACUCACUCACUCACUCACUCAACUCCCUCUCCUACUCCAACUCACAGGCAACAUACUCCCGAUCACACAGAGUCGUCCAACCGUGAUAAAAAUUCCGAAGAUGGCUCCCCACAGAUUCCCAAGCUCUUCUCAUAGCCUGCAAUGCGGGCAUACCAUCAACACAAGGGCCGCUAAUGUCCCAUGCGGCACCGAUUGUGUGUGUCCAGGAUCGGAAGCAGCUACAAAUCCACCGUUCCUAUGCACAGCUUGUCUAGAGACCCAUUACCUUACCGGAUACUUUGCAAUAAAAGCCAGGUUUCGCGCUGAGUACCCAAGCUCUGCGUGGACAAUAAUUGACGAGUUCAAGGUUGGAGCGAUCUUGCGCCUGUGCGCGCAACUAGAAAAAGAAAUCAUGAAGCGCAUUCCGGGGCUACAGGAGGGCAUCGGAAACAUCGGCGCGCUCUUGGCCCAGGCACCGACGGAGGAACAGGAUGUCGACAAUCCUAGGCCGGGUAAACCCGAGGAUGAGAAUGGUGCUUCUGUUGAGCCCGAGUAUGAACGCUACGAGUGCUGGGUGACGGAGUACCUCGAGUGGAUCCAGAAGGUUGUCUAUGAUCUGAAAAUCGACCCUGAAAUCGAUGAACUAGUUCGAGAGCUUACACGUGAGGUCAAAAUGGCGAAAUCUCGAAUUCAGUUCCCAUAGACGCCACAAAGGGGCUUCGUUAGGGUCACAAUCUAAGAAAUAGUUGAAACAAUCAAAUCCGGC